ACCGCCUUUCCCGACACAGGGCAACACUGACGGGCAACACUGACUGGCACCAGGGCAGGGUCGGAGUAGAGCGGGCGCAGGAUGGACGAGGACGUGCUGACCACUCUGAAGAUCCUCAUCAUCGGCGAGAGUGGGGUGGGCAAGUCCAGCCUGCUCCUGAGGUUCACAGACGACACCUUUGAUCCAGAGCUUGCAGCAACAAUAGGUGUUGACUUUAAGGUGAAAACGAUUUCAGUGGAUGGAAAUAAGGCUAAACUUGCAAUAUGGGAUACAGCUGGUCAAGAAAGAUUCAGAACAUUAACUCCCAGCUAUUAUAGAGGUGCACAGGGAGUUAUAUUAGUCUAUGAUGUCACAAGAAGAGACACCUUUGUUAAACUGGAUAAUUGGUUAAAUGAAUUGGAAACAUACUGUACAAGAAAUGACAUAGUAAACAUGCUAGUUGGAAAUAAAAUUGAUAAGGAAAACCGUGAAGUCGAUAGAAAUGAAGGCUUGAAAUUUGCACGCAAGCAUUCUAUGUUGUUCAUAGAGGCAAGUGCAAAAACCUGUGAUGGUGUUCAGUGUGCCUUUGAGGAGCUGGUUGAAAAGAUCAUCCAGACACCCGGACUGUGGGAAAGUGAGAACCAGAACAAAGGAGUCAAGCUGUCACACAGGGAGGAGAGCCACGGAGGAGGAGCCUGUGGCGGUUACUGUUCUGUGCUAUAAACUCUGGGAAGUCGUCUCUUGCAUAUUUGAUCGGAUAGUGAUAUCUCUCUGUAUAUAAACUCUUAACUGCUAAUAGGGACCUUGCAGUUUGCACAUAAUUGUUUUUAUCAUGGCAGUGAGUAUUUGCAAGAAACCCCUCGUUGGCUUUCCCAGGUGAAGCGGUGUGGUAAGCAUGCACAGUUUGCAGUCUAUGGGGUUUUUUGAGGGGGGGUUGUUUUUGUUUUUGUUUUUGGUGUUUUUUGUUUUGGGUUUUUAUGUAACGUAAAAUAGAUGUACCUUCAUGAGUACAUUUGAUUUUAUGAUUUACAUUUAUCAUGUCAUUUUAAAAACAUCUGUCUAGAAUGUGUUGCUGCAAGUCUGCUUUUGUUUUCCCUUUUGCUUAAUUACUGAAUUACUUGGUAUGUAGAACUAGAACCAUGGGGAGGUUCCCCUUGAGGAAUAACAAAGCAUGAUUCACAGCUUUUCUAGGAUGUUUUAGAGUCUUAGUACUAAGUAAAAUUCUCAGUUCAGAAUAUAGCCCAGGCCAAUUCCUAAUUAAAUCUCUAUUUGUUCUGAUGAUGCUUCCAAAAUAGUAUUGCUAAUUUAAGGAAGUUUGGUAUUUACUUUACUCCAUGAUUAGCUCAGUUAUCCAGACAUUAACCCCGUGUUGCACACACUGGGUUCCUGGUUUUGGUGCAGUGUUUUGGUUACAUGGCAUCAGGCAGGCUUUCCGCCAUUUGGGUUUCAGAAGAACGUAAACAGUGAAUUACAGCUCCUUUAAUAUUCCACUUUAAAACCAACGUGCUUUUCACACGUGUUGGUAGUGUUUGUCCAGGUGCCUCAGGUGUAACUUGUUGUGUAAUGACUGUCUGUAUCUUAUGGCUUCCAUAAAUAGCUAGUUGCUAUUCAGAAACACAUUUUUGUGAUUUGAAGAUGGGGAAGGGAAACACUAUAAAUGACAAUUUGAGAAAUGUCUGUUGUUCCAAACUCUGACUGGCGGGGAGAUGCUAUUGCAGUGAGAUCGUUGAUAAGUUACUGUAACAAGUAGCCACUAGUUUGUUAAAAACCAACCUGUACAGAUUAAUAAACUUUUUCCACAAUAUUCAGUUUUCUAACUCCUCGUUACGGUACAUUGUAUGUCGUCUCACUCAUACACUAUUUCAUUUCUUUGACCUCUGCUAUUUAUGCUCCGUAAGUAAAAUGUACUUAGACUUGUCACUGUAUUGUCCCUUAUAAGACUCUGAUGUUAAUUUUUACAGUUUAUUAUCUAUGUACAAUGGUAAAUGAUAAUACUUUGUGUACCUUUGCAAUAUGGGUGUUGAUGGGUUUACUUCAGAUUGGUUUCUUUCUGAACAGGGUGUCUUCAUAUGGAAACCUCACAUUACGUCAUUUAUACUUGGUAGUCUACAUGUGAUUAGAGCUUUUAUACAUUCUGUAUAUUUUUAUUAAAUGUAAGACUUUUGCUUCUAUACUGUUAGAAGGUAGCUCACACAUGCAUUUAUAAUUUAGUCACGUUACAUUAAAUAUUAGAUUUACGUACAUUUGUGUCUUGUCUGUCUUAAUAAGAUUUCUGCUUGUUCUUGCUCUGA